GAAGAGGAGAUAAGCCGCGCGCGCUCCUCCACUCCACCACCGACUGUCCGCCACCGCCAUGAGUUCCUCGCCGCCGUCGCAGGCCGCCGCGGCCUACGGAUGCUGCCACCGAUUCCUGCUCGCGUCGACCUCCGUGCCUUUGAGGAGCGGGAGCGCAGGGCGCGCCCGCAGCAUCACGCUCACGCUUCGCUCCCUCCCGCUCGUUGGGCACAGGCCUAGCAGUCGAAGGGUCGCGUGCCAAGCGAUGACUGAGACUGAGCCGGAAGGCAAUGGCGACGACGAGGAGAAAGAAGAGUUUGGAACUGAUGUUUCAUCACCUUCAGUUGAUAGUGCUCCAGAAGCAAAUGAACCUGGAGAAAGUGACUCCAAUAUAGACAAUAAGAAAGAUGAAACCACGAAUGCAGAACUGCUGAGCUUCAGUGACACAGUUCAGAACAUCGAUGGAGAUACCACUGCUACCAAUGAAACACAGGAGAAUGUGGAAGUUGUUGAAGUCGCUAGCGGCUCUCCUUUGCCUGGAAUGAGGCAACAGCUUGAUGAUUCGGUUAGGAUCCCCAAGGCUACAAUUGACAUUCUAAAGGAUCAAGUUUUUGGGUUUGACACAUUUUUCGUGACAAGUCAGGAGCCUUAUGAGGGUGGAGUAUUAUUUAAGGGGAAUUUGCGUGGUAAGCCCGCCAAAAGUUAUGAGAAGAUCACAAAUAGGCUACAGAACAAAUUUGGUGAUCAAUAUAAGCUUUUUCUUCUCGUCAACCCGGAGGAUGAAAAGCCAGUUGCGGUAGUUAUACCUCGGCAGACAUUACAAACUGAAACUACAGCUGUCCCAGAAUGGUUUGCUGCUGCUGCAUUUGGAUCAGUCACCAUCUUCACUCUGCUCCUUCGGAAUGUACCUGUUCUACAGAACAACUUGCUAUCAACAUUUGACAACCUUGAGCUGUUGAAAGAUGGACUAUCUGGUGCCCUAGUAACUGGGCUUAUAAUAGGGGUCCAUGAAAUUGGACAUAUCCUUGCUGCCAGGGAUAGUGGAAUCAAGCUUGGAGUACCAUAUUUUAUCCCUAGCUGGCAGAUAGGAUCUUUCGGUGCCAUUACCAGAAUUGUCAAUAUUGUCCGCAAUCGUGAGGACAUACUGAAGCUAGCAGCUGCUGGACCACUGGCGGGUUUCUCCCUUGGAUUUGUUCUUUUGCUGCUAGGCUUCAUCAUACCUCCAAGUGAUGGCCUCGGUCUCGUGAUAGAUCCAACUAUCUUUCGUGAAUCAUUUCUUGUUGGUGGUCUCGCAAAGCUUCUUCUUGGGGAUGCUCUGAAAGAAGGAACACAGCUAUCCAUAAACCCACUUGUUUUAUGGGCCUGGGCUGGUCUCCUGAUCAAUGCCAUCAAUAGCAUCCCUGCCGGAGAGCUUGAUGGUGGCCGCAUAGCAUUUGCCAUGUGGGGAAGAAAGAUAUCUGCUCGCCUCAGUGGCGCCGCCAUUGGAUUGCUUGGGAUCUCAGCGCUCUUCAACGAUGUCGCGUUCUACUGGGUGGUGCUGAUAUUCUUCUUGCAGAGGGGCCCAAUAGCUCCUCUCUCUGAAGAAAUUACAGAACCUGAGAACAACUACAUCAGCAUCGGCAUUGCCGUUUUGCUCUUCGGCCUUCUGGUCUGCCUACCCUACCCAUUCCCCUUUGACCCGUCACAAUUAACCGAUCUAGAUUUUAACUUGUGAAAAAGGGAGGGGGAAAAAACAGUCACAAUUCACCGGCUUCUCUUCCUCCAGUUGUAUCUCCGAGAUGUAACCUGUCGGCUCUCCAUUCUGUUGUCAUCUUUGCCCCCCUUGAUCAUAACUGUUUGGAGCCCUAUGAUGCUCCAUUGCUCCUUGUAGUAGCAAAAUAAAAGCAGGAGCUUUUGUUGUGGUAGCUUGUUUGUUGUAUUUUAGUAGGUUGGUUGAUCAGAGUAGAAUAGUAUAAGAGUACAUUGUUUUGGCUGUAACUGUUAUCUGUUUAGUUGUGGUUUAUCGAUAUGAUUGCAAGGAGCAAUCGAUUCCUGGACA